AUGCAGUCAAGUGAAGAAAAUGCGAUACUAAGGAGCUACUGGAUACAAGAGAAGGAUACAGUGGCAAAAUACUUGGUGGCUAUUAAAGGGAUGCUAGAAGAUACCGAUAAAUUAGAGUCGAGAUACGGUUUGAAGCUGAAGCAUGAAGGCACUAGCGCUUUGGCUCUUACAUCCGGCAACCCAUCUACGUCCUUCGCUACUAUGGAGAACAGUAUCAAGUCUAAGGCGCAGAGGCGACAGAGGAACUCAUCAAUCCUACGACAAGCGCGAUGGGCGAUAUUUGACAAAAAGAAGUUUGAUCGGUUGAUUGCAGAUCUGUCCUUUUUCGUGAACGAGCUUGAUAGGUUGAGCAGGCACUUGCGUUUGCUAGCUUUCCAAGAGCAACCAGAGUUUCGGUCCUAUACCGGAGACUUCACCAGCUUGGACGUCGACAGAGGCAGGUUUGACGUCACAGCUUGCAUCGAGGAUGGCGAAGAGAGGCCUGUGGAACAGAUCUUGCGUGACGUCUUGAGUGGAACUUUCGAAGAGUUCAAGCAGAGCUUCAUCGCAUCUAAUCGGCAGGAGAUUCGAGGUUGGAUGUCAGAUACUUUCGAAGAUAAAUUUACGACUGCCAUUAGUUCCCUGUUGACGCAAUCUCGCCAUGUGCACAACGAUUUUGACGAUGCCUACGCCAAUUCUGCAGGCGAUGAUGACAUACAUCGAACAGGUACGGAUGGUGAGACUACAGUAAGGGGGGCUCUGGUUAAAUUGCAAGACCAGUCAAGUGAUUUGUCAAUUGAUUGCUCCAAAGACUUGAGUAGCAGACCAUAUGUUACAAUCACCUCAAGGAAACAUACAAUCAUCGGGGACUUCGUCUUACGUUCUGUUCGAUACCCAGGGAGGAACGUGAUACGACUCCUAUUCGUGCCUUCAGCUUUCGUAUCUCGUGGCGUGGAGCUCCAAUAUAGCUUGCAAUAUGACAAUCGAGGAUAUCCCUUACUCAAGGACAUGGGCCUUUGGACAUAUGGCCUCGUCGACGAUGAUGACCCAAUUUACGAUGUUAUAGAGGCUAACGAUGUCAACGGCGUACGAAUGGCGCUCUCUACCGGAGCGGUAUCUCUAUCGGAUCGCGACCGUACAAGCGUCCCGAUGUUGAGAGCACUACUGAAGCGACAAGGUGUCGAGUAUGUUCAAACGGGAUGGUCUGCGGCCCUGAGAGAAAUCAUGGACACCUUCGUUAUCGCACAAGACGAGGCUGAUGCCAUGCUCAUAACUCUCGAUUGGCUAGGAGUCUUACAAGGAGUUGGUUUUAAUCUUCACUUUCAAGAUGAGAACGGGGUCAAUAAUUUUCAACUACUGCUGCUCACCGUUCAACAGUCGGUGUUCACUGAGCCGCUAGAAGGACAGGAAUUGUCUAAUUUGCUUGAAAGCCGCUUGUCUCGGUUGUUGCUAGUGCUCCUUGCUGGUGCAGACCCUAGCGAAAUUGACGAUGGUGGCUGCCACAUGCUUCACCAUCUGCUCCUACUUUCGCCACCGUUUUUAGGAAGUCUACGUGAGUCUAAUAUUAGACCAUUGAAGGAUUUGGUGGACGCUUUUGCGGUCAAAUAUUUUGCAGUAGUAGACUUUGUCUCCGAAGGGAUCAUACUGCUCUGUCUUUUUGGAUGCGACUUGAAUUCUGAAGACUAUAGUGGUUACAGACCCUGUGAUUGGGCGAAUCUUAUCGAAUUUCAGCCAAUGUGGGAUGCCUGCCUUUGGAGUUGUGGGCUUGGAUCGAUGAAUUCAUCAACAACAAGCAACGAUGCGGUCUCAAGUGCUAUGAACUAUUCAUAUAUGAAUGACGGAGGUAGCAAUUUAAAGAGACGGCGCGCCUUUCUAUUGGAUCAAGAGGGAAUCGAUUCAUCGAGCUGCGUACUUGAUGGAAAGCAAGACGAAGAGCAACUCGAUUUAACUCAAGCUUGUAGUGUAUACAAGCAUCGCGAUUGCCCUCAAUCUUGCCGGUCAAAAAUUGUCAAAUCGUUUCCAUAUCUGGCCCGCCAUUUACUCUGGGACCUUUUCUGUGGCAAUAGUGACAGGGGGAAGGCAAUACGCCCCCGAUCCUGGCCUCCACGAGACCAGGAAAAAAUCGAAAAGUUCUCUCUGGAGAACUUUACGCUUGUUCAAAGAAUAAGGCAGCGCAUGAGGAAUAGGUCUGCGGCUAAGGGAUAG